CGACACAAGAGAGCAGCUAGGUGGUGCUGUAUCGCACACGAUCUGUGGAGUAAGGAACCAGCAUUUGCGUCGCGAUGACCCAAACUUCUCUGUUCUGCCUCGUUUUCGCGACAACGCGCGUGGUGGCGGCACUACAAACAGAGCAGGAUGGCUCCACCUCGCACAAGACGCUGCGCAACGGCGUGGUGAUGCCGACGAUCGCUGCCGGAACGGGCGGGUACGAUAAUCAGAAUCAGCAGGGCAAGGUGCUCCGCAACGGUCUCGUCAUGCCGACCAUGUCCGCGGGCACAUGGCAGUACGACGACGGCGAAGCCGAAGCCAGCGUGCAAGCGGCGCUAACUUCAGGGUUUCGGCACAUCGAUACGGCAUAUGAUUACGGCAACCAGGCGGGCGUGAGCAAGGGCCUCGCCGCGGGCGCGGCUGCCGCGAAGCUCGCCCGAAAGGACAUAUUCAUAACUACGAAAGUGCCUGGCUGCGGAAUUAAUGGAGUCGACCCAAAGGACUGCGAGGGCUCCACGUUGUCGUACCUGCAAAAGGACUACGCGCUGCUCAACAGCAGCUACGACUUGCAGGGCCACGUCGACUUAGUACUGCUCCAUUUCCCCCCGUGUCUGGUCGGCAAGGACGGCAUGGCCCUGUGCAACGCGAACAAGAAGAUCUCCUGCACGGAAUGCGACGCCAUCAAGGCGCAGUGGUCCGCGGCCGUGAAGGCGUACGAGAAGGGCCUGUUUAGUGCUAUCGGCGUCUCCAACUACUGCACGCAGUGCCUGCAGUGCCUCAAGGACUUUAAAACGCAGCCGAUGGUCAACCAGUUCCAGCUUCACGUAGGGAUGGGUCCCGACCCUCAGGGCUUCCUCGCGAUGAACGCGGCGCGCGGCAUCGUCUCGCAGGCCUACUCGCCGAUUGGGUCCGGCGGCCACGGCUCGUCGGACAUAUUAUCUGGACCGCUCACGACGAAGAUCGCCAAGGCCCACAAUAAGAGUACGGCGCAAGUCGCUCUCAAGUACCUCGUGCAGCUCAACGCGGCCGUUGUGACGAAGUCGUCUUCUCCAGAACAUCUCAAGCAGGACGUCGAGCUCUUCGACUGGUCGCUGACGCGCCGCGACAUGAAGGAGCUCGCCGCGGCGACGUUCGCGUCCGACGACACGCCGUCCUUCGAGUGCGACAACCCCUCCUCGGCCGCGGCCAUGGCGUAGUGGAGAGGUCCGGUGUGCGUGUAAGUAUCCUUCGUGUC